AUGCUUGUGCCGCUCAUUGUGUCGUCGGUGGCUGCAGGCCUGCUGUCCGUCACGUCGUACUUUCCCUACAAGAACCACCUCAAGCUCCACGGCGACGCACUCGAUGCCAGCAGUUUAGGCUCCGACAACUACCGGCUCAACCUCGAGCAUUGCCAGCCCGUCUCAACACGGCUGCCCAACGAACCCGCAGGUCCGGUCGAGCCGUCGUUCUGCGAAGACAUCGUGCUCGAUCGUCGCACAGGCGUGGCCUACCUGAGCUGCGACCCGACUCGACUCACGUGGGAUGCGCGCGCAGGCAUCUACGAGGACGGAAGCGAUCGCCUGGCCUCGGAGCAAGGGACACCAGGCAUCUGGGCUUGGGAUACAAACAGGCGCAGUCUCCCCCGCAAGCUUUUCAUCUCCUCGCCGCCGCCGGAGUAUCCCAUCCAGGCUCCGGCUGACCUUCAGUCCACGUUCCAUCCGCUCGGCAUCGCUGUAACCCCAUCGCACCCCUACUUUGCCGAGGAAGCCGACGAGGGCGAGGAGCCCAGGCCGGAGCCACCGGCCAACCUCGUGCUUGUGGCCAACAAGCCGUACGCCGACCGUCCGGGCGUGGUGGACAUCUUUGUGCACGACCUCGACAAGGUCGGUGGUAAGGACCACACGACGCUGCGAUGGAUCAAGCGCGUGCAAGGAGACGAACUGAGCGGAAUGCAGCUCGACUGGGACACCCACUUCAAUGUCGAUCCUUUCCGCAUCACUGUGUUCGAGGAACAGUACUCGCAGCGCAUGGAUCGCCAUUACCCUGAACCGACAUACGUCAAAGAGGAUCCGGAGCAUCUGGCUGGCUUCCAAGACGAUGACCCCGCCAGAAUCGCAUUCAAGCACAUCCGCAUCCCGAGCUUCUUCAUCACCUCGCUGCCCGACCGUGCUGCCCAACCCACACCCGCUGCGGCUGUAGAGCGCUCGUCUGUAUUUUCGGCAAUGUGGCAGCCCAUCGCAUCGACUCUGUUCUCGCAGUACUCGCUCUCAGCCGACACGGUGUCGCGCAAGAUCUUCCUGCACCACUCGUCGAUCAACAAGACACUCGCCGUGCGUAUGGACGGUGGCGAUCCCGAUCUGUGGCAAGGUUUCCCGCCGCUCAUCCAGGCGUGGGACGGUGGUGGAAAGAAGACGGGCUCCAACUCGUCGGCCACGGCGCUCUUCGUGCCCUCGCUCACCUCGGAUGCGGCGAGGGUGCAGGAGUGGGAGCAGCACUGGGUGCGCGGCGUCGCAGGCGGCAUUCGCGAACACCGCGUCCACCUUAGCGAGACCACCCCCGAGGGCAAGGUGAACAACAUCCUUCAGCUGUUCAAGACCUACACACCUUCGUUUGUCAACUUUUUCUCCAUGGAUCACGAGACGCCCGUGCGCGCUCUCGUCGUCGAUCCGCACGGUCGAACCUGGACGGCGGGCAACCCGAACACGCGCUCGGUCGAGAGGUGGAUUGCAGCGCAGCGCAACGAACGACGCCGUCGACUCGGGUUGCCUCUUGCUGCUGGCGCGAGCCAGUCGCUGUCAAGUUCCGACCGUCCGCCCCGACCGGCAGCGAGGAUCGACCAGACCACAUGGGUGUUCCGCCACUUUGGCAGCGUGGUCGCGCAUCCGUGGCAGACGGACAAGCUCGCGCUCAAGAAGCAAAAGGGCGUCUGGCUCCGCAAGGAGUUCCACACCUUCAACGUGUUCAAGAGCCCCUCCGAGACCAAGGCCGAGAUCGAGGCGCGCACCGAAGACGAGCUUGUCAAGCGCGGCUUCCUCCCCACCGUGCCCACCGGAUUGGCCAUCGAUAUCCACAAGAAGAUGCUCUACGUCACGGGCGCCUACGAAGAGCGCGGCAUCGCCAUGUGCGCCCUCCCCGCCGACUGGGUAGAGGCUUGA